CGAAAAGAAAAUGUGUCGAUUUAACAUCAAGAAAUUAGGAAUUGUUUUUGUUUUAAUUGAAAUCGAUUAAAUUACAUAAAAUAGAAAGACGUUGAAAUCAAGUGAAAUUACAACAGUUGCGCUGUAGUUCAGUUGCUUGUCCUGUUUUAGAAAUGGCGCAAAAUCACGGUGUACGUUUUCAUAACGAUCGAACAAGAUAAAUUUUUGAUGAAAGGAAGAAAUACAACGAAAGAUAUGACGAGACGUAAGUUAUUCUAUAAAGACUGGGAAUUAAUAGGGAACAGAAAAUCCUGCGGUCCCGCCUGACUUUAUCCGGUUCUUGAAUAAUUCUAUUUGGCUGUGUUCACGGUUUUCUCAUCUUGGCUUCUACCACGCCAAUCAAAUUAAAAUAUAACCACAAAACUUAGACCGAGAAAAACAAAUGCUAUUAUUUUAAAUAAAUCCUUGUCGAGGGAUUCAGCUAAUAGGAAUCAAAUAGAGAAAUGAUGAUUGUUAGCUGUUGUUUUUAUAAUGGAUGUAAAUACGGUGGAAGAUGAAGAUGUAUCCUUCCAUUUGGGGGAAAUGUUUGACAGUUACGAAGAAUUGGAACGUAAACUGGAGAAAUUUUCAAAGCGUAGUUUAGUUCACUAUUGGAGAAGAGACAGCAGAACAGUUAGUGGAGCUCAUAUGAAAACUGCUCGUCCAAUUAGUGAGCGUUUAAAGUAUUACUCUGUAAAAUAUGCUUGUAUCUAUGGUGGUCAAAAGUUUCUACCGCGUGGAGCUGGCAGAAGACAGUCUCAAUCCAUAAGGACAAAUUGUCCUGCUCAUAUUAUGUUAAGAGCAUCAAAAGAUGGUACAAAGUUAGAGGUAACUAGUGUCAAUAAUGAACAUAAUCAUGAAAUCUCUGAGGAAUUAUUUAAGAAUCUUCCGCAAGAAAGAAAAUUAUGUGGUGAAAUUAAACAGGAAGUACAAGAUCUCAUGCAGUUACACAUUGACCGCAAGAGAUUGAAAGAAUAUGUACGAUUGCGAACAAAUAAAAUACUUAGGUCCAAAGAUUUAUUUAAUAUAGCGGCAGCUAAUAAACAAAAGAGGAAUAUAACACCAGAAAGAGCAUAUCAAUUAUUUAAAAAGAUCCAUGAUAUCGAGAAGAUGCAAGGCAGAGAUAAUGAUAGGAAAACAUAUUCAGAGUCUGAAGAUGAAAUUGCACGGACGAUAAAAAGGAUGAAAAAAGAACAAGAAUCACCUUGGGGUCAAGAUAGAUUGCCAACUGAACUAGAAGUAAGCGAAGGAAACGACGGCGAUGAUUCUUAUAGCGGUCAAUUGACGCAAGAAGAGGUAGUAGAUGAAAUUGACACAACAGAUGGCGAAUUGUUGAGAACCAAUAACGAUGGGAAUAUAAUAGCAGCGAACGGUGAAAUUGUGGGAGAGUUAGUAAUGCAAGACGGAGAUCCCUCUGUAAUUGUUGAAUCUAUCGUGAACGCUGAUGGUUCUGUUUUUGUAGAUGAAAGAGAAUUCAAUACUUAUUGUAAUAAUCAUUUGUCGCAUACAGUUGAUGAGAGUCAAUCUCCUAGUAAUAGAGUUUUAGAUAUCGAAACAAUUGCGCCUACUACUGAUAUAGAAAAAAUAAAAGGAUCAUCCAUCUCGUCUAAACAACAAAAGAGGCCUCUUAUGUCACAAUUGCAACAAUCUGUGAAGUCACCGAACGCUUUCCACGAAACUACAGACUCGAGAAUUUGGAUCAUGAAAGAAGCUGCGAAUGCAGAUACAGAACCUGACAGCGGGCCUGAAAGUGAAGCGAACGGUUCAAAGUCAACAACAACUGUGAAAGCGGAUAUCGAUACGUCCGAAGUGAUAUUGUCCGAUGAAGCUAGUCAUCAGUUACUUCAGGAACAGUUGGCAGUGCUUCGUGCGGAGAAGGGAAAGCUGUAUCAUGAGACUGAAAUGCUAAAACUUAAGAAAGACAAGUUAAAAUUACAAAUAAACUGUUAUUCGAAUGAGAUACGAAAGCAAGAAAUGGAAAAAGAAAAGCUAAGGCUUGAAAUUAAAUUGUUGCAGUCAAAAGUUAUGGAGGAUUCCAACGACGUUUCUCAUUAUAUUUUUGUGCCUUGAGCGAUAUGUCGCAAUGAAACAAUUGUGUGAAUGUAAAGCAAAAAUAUUUUAUGGGCAAACUUUCAACUCGUUUUUUUUCUAUUUCACAAACAUCGCAGAUGAAUCGUCUGUAAAAGUUUGAAUUCGAUCCUAUUGUACAAUGGCCGGCGCAAAACUUGUCACUGUUUUUCUUCAAUACAUCAAGGCGCACAAUGGCUUGAUAGAAUGACACCUUGCAUGGUAACAUUAUUCUAUCAAUUGGAACAUGAAAUGUGUUUCGUGUUAUAUGUGCGACUGUGACACACUGUUACGUUUUAUGUCGGCCGCGUGUGUGUAAUCACAACUAUUCAAGGUGAAGAUAUUACUAAUAAAUAGUAAAUUAUAUAAAAUCUUUAACAUACAUUAUUUUGUAAAGUUCUUUAUAACAAUUUAUAAUUUAUUACAAUCCAUUUCCUAUUUUGGAAAAUGGUAUGAAAAUGGUAUGUUAUGUAUGCUUUGUGCAACUUCUGUACCCACGUUUAAAAGAUAUAUUUGUGACGAGAAGCUGUUGUAUAAAAUAUU